AUGGUGGGGUGGCCUGCCCAUGGCCCCAGCAGGAGUCGAAGGCCUCGGCUCUGUUCACCUGUGGCUGAGGAUGAUGCCAUGGCUGCCCUGAGGUGGCCCAGGCCCUCCCAGCAGCCAGGUGACCUGCAGGGAGCUCCCCACGUGGUCUGGUCCGACCACACCGAGCAGCCAGGCACCCGGGGGAAGGCCCACAGCCACCUGGUAUGGUCGGAAGGCGAGGAGGCCAAGGAUGGGGACAGCUCGGUGUCAUCAGGCCGCCUCUCUGGCUCCUCUGGGGGCCACGAGUCCUGCACAUCUCCCCCCGGGCCCUGGAAGGAGAGGCCCCCCCAGGUGCUGGGGCCCCAGCGGCAGCCCAGGGAGAGCAACCCACGGCUGGAGCAGCUGCGGGACAAGAUCCGGGCCCAGGCCCAGUGGCAGGCCAGCUGCGCCUCCCUGGGCACCUCCACACUGUCCAGCGCCUCGCGCCUCUACAGAGCCUCCAAGCCAGACCCCCGGAGGAAGGCCGGGAAGCCGAUGCACCCCACUCCAGCCCCGUGGGAGGCACUCAGGCCUGGGGCCUCCGUCAAAGGCUCAGGCGGCCUGAGCGUGGCUCCGUGUGGAGUGCAAGACAGGGCAAUCCCCGGCCAGGGGUGCAAGCUGUCCGGGGUCGCCCGGCGCCAGGCCUCAGUUCCACGGGAGAAAGCCAGAAGGAUGCAAAGUAGUCCUUGCAAAAGGGAGAAGGCCCCCAGAUCACCCAUCCCCAGAAGAGCCGCCAAAGACAAAGAUUCUGAGUUGGUUGGUGUUUACGCCUGGAGGAAAGGACCAGCCCUGGUGAGGGCCCUGCUUGGGCCCCCUCCCGCCCUCCCCAGACUCCAGAGCAAGGCUCCCUCAAGAGACCAGGCCCCUACCGUGGAAUUAGGAGAUAGCAAGAGAGUUGGAGCUGCCGAGAGCUCCCCUGUCUGCCCCCAGAUGCCCAGUCCAGCCUCUGUCCAAGGUGACCUGCAGCUGUCUGCCAACGCACCCAACCUGGCUUCCUGUGAUCAGCCUAUGACCAUCCAAAACGCUAUGGCCAUCCUUAGAGACCUCCGCCAGCAAAUCCAGGCCGGGCUGGAGCUGGCCCGGCACCGCCACCCCAGGGGAGGGCCGGAGCUGGGGCGGUCAAAGCUGUGUCUGCAGGACCUGGCGGGGAGGAGGCAGUGGGGCCCCUGGAGCACCCCAGACGUGCGGGGCUCCUUCUCCAAGAGUCCUCAAGCAGGGACGGAGGGGAGGCGCUCCUCCUUAGAGAGGCCUGGCAGCUUCCCCAAUGGGCAUCGCUGGAGCACCCUGGCUGGGUGGGAGUCCUAUCCCCAGCAGACUGGAGCGGCCCCAGGACGGAACCCCUCCUUCCAGAGGCCCAGGAGCCCCCCUGAGAGGCUGACCUCCUUGCCUCAGCGGCCCUGGAGUGCCUCGGCCGGGCAGGCUUCCAGGUCCCAGCAGACUGGAGCGGCCCCAGGAUGGAACCCUUCCUUCCAGAGGCCUGGGAGCUCCCCUGAGAGGCUGACCUCCUUGCCGCAGCGGCCCUGGAGUGCCUCGGCCGGGCAGGCCUCCAGGCCCCAGCGGACCUGGGCCACUUAUGAAGACUGGGAGAGCCCCGCCCGAAGACCCUGGAGCCCUUCUGCCCAGAGGUCCCGGAGUGCCUCCUCCACGCAGGGCGCUGGCACCCCAUGCAAGGGCAGAGGCUCCCUCCUGCCGCCCUCCGGAGUGGAGCACGGCUGGCUGAGGCCCGCCAGGGGCGCCCCUGGGAAGGAGGAUGAGGUGCGGGUGCCGCCACCCUGCCCGAAGCCCCGGGGUGCCCUGGGCCACCCCUACAGCACCGAGGUGCUGCAGGAGUUCAUGCGCCAGAAGACGUUGGCGCGGCAGCGGCAGGCCCUGGAGGAGAAGGCCUCGGCCGUGCGGGCGCUCGAGCUGAGGAACCAGAGGCUGCAGGAAGUCUACAGGAAGCAACGGGAGGCCGUCCUCGGCAAAGCCGUCCCUGUGGUCUCCCAGACGACCCCCGGCAUUGUGACCUUUUUCCCGCAUUGUGCGCCGUCCAAGGGCCUGGAAGCUCCCGGGAGCCUGGGGUCGCCUGUGCUGGAGUGGAGCAAGGUGACCUCCGGCAUGGUGCUGGGGGACCAGGAGGCCCCGGGCAGCUUCUGCUUGUGUCUGAACAGAGCCUUGAAUCACACUGAGACUCUAGAGAUGGGCGGCCCCCAGGAUGACUGGGAUGGUGCCCCCACGCUGAUAUCCGCCCGCUCCUCCCCGGGCCCCCUGAAGCUCCAGGACCUGACCACCCGCCCCCCGCGCCCAGGCGGGUGCAUCUACCUGGACCCCGAGGAGAGCGAGCGCCUGGGCACACCGGGGCCCCUGCACUUCCGCUACAAGCAGGCUCGGCUCCAGGCGCUGGAGACCAUGGCCAACGUCCUGAAGCAACGGAUUGACAUCCUCACGGCCAAGCUGCACAGGUCGGAGGCGCCGGACACUCUCGGGGACCCGGUCUCGGACCUGUCGCUCUCACGUCGCAGCACUGGGUCCACAGCCCCCGGCUGCUCUGGAGCCCUGGUGCCCAACAGGAGCCGAGGGGCCCCCUGGGACUGGGCAGACAUGCCGGCCAGGACACUUGUCCCUCCCACCUGCUUCCUGGAUGGCAGGACUCUGCCGUGGAGCCCCGACUGGGAGCGGCGACAGAGCGUGAGCCCAAGAGGCCACUACGACAGCAAGCCCCGAGGUUUCAUUGAGGACGGGCGUUUGGAGCUGGAUAACAGGCUGGCAAGAAACACGGCUUCCUUCCAAGCCCUCGGCCCCUUCAUCGGGAGCUCACUCGGGGUGCCAGCCAUGUUGGACCCCACCUGCGGCUCCCUGCAGCUGGAGGAGAUGCCGUCGGCCAGAGGGGCGGCGGGCUUGGUCACACCCUGGACCGCGCGAGGCUGCGCCCUCCGGGAGCCUCGGAGUCUGGUCCGGGAGGAGCUGUUGGCCAGGGGCCCUGGCAGCUUCCACAGGCUGAACCUGAGCCUCCUGGAGAAACCUGCUCCUCUCCCUGGCUCGGCCUCCAGGCUGCCUCUCCAGGAGGAUCUCUUUACCCUGAGGCUGCAGGCAGCCCCCAGGACUCAUUUGAGAUCUGAGCUGCCCCCGCCUACAGUGGCUGAGAGCAGGGUCUCAGGACCAGGCCCAGAAGAUGGGAGGUGGGCCAAGGAGGCUGCAGCCGGCCACCCCUCCGACCGUGGGGCCGCCCCUAGAGGCAGCCGCAGAGGGGCCCAGAGCACCAAUGGUCAGCGCUCCGGGCACCUUGCCAACGUCCCCCGGAAGUCCCCAAGCUUUCUCAAGUCCCUGCAGGUGUGUCCUGCCCCCAUCUAUCGGGCUGAUGACAGCUGUGUCCCCGGAAUCCUGAGGCUUGGGCCCUCCCUGCAGCUGGACCAGGAGAAGCAGGAGCAGGUGCUGACCCUUCUGCGGCAGCGGGCAGAGCUGGAGGUCUGGGAGACGCAGAAGGCCCUGGACCAGCUGCUCUUCAAGCAUCAACUGGAGCAUCUGUUGGAGAAACACUCCACCCAGGCCAGGCCAGAACUGGCUUCGGCUUCAACUUCGGAGCAGCCACGGGUGUGUGGAGUCCUGGAGCCGACAACCUCUCCGGACACCGUGACCACCAGACCCAGGUGGGGCCGCAGAUCACACUCAGCCCUGGGCAGAGACGCUGCCACACCCUCCCAAGGUCCCCAGGAAGGACAGCAGAGUCAGGAGGACAAGUCAGCUUCUGCAGAGCCCCGGCAGGAAGUGAGACCAGACCAAGCUCCCUCCCAGCUGCCCCUGGCCAGGCUCUACCCUCGGGUCAACCCCACCCACCAGCGGAGCCUGGCGGGGCCCUGGAGCGCCGACGCCGCCGGAGCCCCGGGCCACUUCACGCUCCAGAUGCUGGAGCUGAGCCUACGGGAGGAGGAGCUGCACGCGCAGCACCAGACUGCGCUGCUGCGCCUGCGCGAGAAAGCACUGGAGGAGAAGAUAUGCGCGGAGCUGGCCUGGUUGGAGCAGCAGCGAGCGUGUCUGGGCAGCAAGGGGAGCCCCACGGUGCUGGUAGCCUUGGUGGAGAGGCAGCUGCAGGCCCUCAGCAGCCUUGAGCAGGAGCAGGGGGCUCAGGACCCCGUGGUACAAGGGGAGCACCCAGUGGCCAGAGGGGGCAGCGUGGCCUGGACGCCGUGUGGCCCUGCUGUCCUGCCCCCCUGUGGCCUCCGGGAGCCUCGCCAACGGGAGAAUGACAGCAGUGUCUGCUGCGGGGGCUGCAGGGGCAUCAGCGCGGCCGGCACUGGCCGGGGGCUGUGCACGACCACAGGGGCUCACCAGCUGCUCCGAGCCCAGUGUCCAGGGACCCAUAGAGAAAUCCGAUGCCUGCGGAACACUCACCUGUUCUCCCACAAGGAGAGGAUGCUGCUCCUACAGCAUCAGAGGGACAUCCUCUGCCUGCGGACGGCCGUGGCGCACCUACAGCAGGAGCUCAAGGCCCGGACCGGGCCGCCUCAGGAGGACGGGACCCUGCCCCAGGCCACUUCAGCCACGGAUAGUCCCCGGCCGCCUCCAAGGCCAGUGUGCGGAGAGGACACGCCUGUGGCCGGCGGCUGGCCUGACGCUGGGGGCCGGCUGGCGGAGGAGAGCCAGAGCCCUGUGAGCCAAGGAGACCCCCAGCCCAACCCCCACCCCUUGUCCUCAGAGGAGAAGACCCGGCCUCUGAUGGAAAGCCAUGCACAGAAACUCCAGGACCGACACUCCCUGGGCAGAGGGGGUCCCUGCAGCCCCCCAGAAGCCAGCGGGCCGUGGGCUGUGGGCUGCCGCUUGGCCCUGCGCCGCAGGGCUCCCGCGCCACCCAGCCCGCGUGCGGGCAGCCCCCUGGAGCUGGGCCCCGAGUCUGAGUCUGAGUCCUCUCCCCGGAGCUGCCUGGGGUCCUGUGCCUCCUCCUCUGUGAGCGGGCCGUCCUGCCACUCUCUUCAGGAGUUUCAGAAGGUGUCCGCCACUCUGGUCCAGCUUUCCCUGUCAGACUGGGAAGCUGGGGACCCCCCCGACGCAGACCCUGGCUGGUCUGGGGAGUUCUCUCCUCAGGACUCCUGGGGGCUCCACCGCGGCGGGGGGCAGGGGGCCCGGGAGAGGGCGGAGGGCAGCGGGGCCGGUCCCCGGCGCGGCUCCCCCUCGGACGCAGGAGGCUCAGAGACAGGCGGAGGCCCCCAGCAGGCGGGCUGGCUGCCGCCUCUUCCGGAUGCCCCCUCUUCGAGGUCAGGGUCAGAGCUGUCAGAGGUGUCCAGCGAGCUCUGGGACGAGGAGAACCUGCUGGAGCCAGGCACUGGUGCUGAGCCAGCCUCAGGGCGCUCCUCCCCUGCGGGAGGCUCAUCCCACCUGGAAAAUGGUGGGGCGCGCUGCUCUGCACCUCCUUCCUUGGGCCUUGGGGAGGGGCAGGAAGCUUCUGGAACCAGCGGGAGCCUGAUCAGUGGAUUAAAUACAGGAAGAGCCAAACAGGUGUCGCCGGAGGCUGCCUGCAUGGCACUCCCAUCCAAAGCCUCUUCCUCCAGUGACUUAGACCUGCCCUUUUCCUCUCCUUCGGGGUCCCUGGCAUCUGAAGUGGUGGAUUUUGGUGAAGGAGGAGACACUGGGCCUCUGCAGGCCUCAGAUGGCUGCCCAGAGGGGCCCGGGGACGCUGACCUGAGACUAUCCAAUGACGGGAAACCCCAACGGGCCUGGUCUGAGCCUGAAGUCCCCGUGAACCUGCGGGCUCCUCCUAGGGACCCUGGUGGUCUGGUAGCCCGGACACCCAAGGGCUGGGCGCCUGGGUGUAGGGAGAGAGGAGACGCCCCUGACUCCCCCGCCCCAGAGGAAGCCUGGUCCACCCUGGCCAGUGGGGUCUUGCCUGAGAUCCUGUCCCCCGUGGAUGACGUGCUGUCCUACGGCAGUGCCGACCUUCCAUCCUCCACCCACAGGGAUGCCAGCCUCCCUCCUCUGCCUCCCACCCUCCCAGCAGAGAGGGAGGCCAACGCCACCAGCCUCCACUCAGAAGACUUCCCUCCCCCACCUGAAGAUGCCAUGUCUCCUGGGGGCUCGCUGGGCUCCCCCGGGGAGGAUGCCUCCAUCAAAACUGGGGAGUUGCCCUCCUUGUCUGAGGAGGGCCUGCCUGAGCCGCUGUCCCCAGGGCCCCAGGAAUCAGGGCUCUGCCUGGAGGUGGGCGGACAGGGUGGAAGCCUUAGGGACAAAUUGGGUGAAUCAUGUUGUGAUGGGGGAGCCCAAGCUGUGGGCAGCCAGUGGUCUGAGCCAGCUGGCUGGCUAGGGUCCCCCUUGUGUGGGGGGGCAGGUGAUGCCACGGGGGGGCUCCCAAGGCUGCCAGUGCAGCCCCCAAGCCCAUCCAGAGUGGCCCCUGAGGCCGGGGAGGGUCUGCCAGUGUUGUUGGCGGCUGGAGGUACAGGGCUGUCUGGCACCGGGCAGGGCGACCCAGCUCCUGCUUUGGGCGCAGGCCGCUGGGUGGACGCACCCAGCAUGGAGAGAGCCGAGGUGGUGGAGUUGGUCUCCAGCCAGCUCACCAGAAGGAUCCUGUGCGACUCGCUGGCUGUGCUCUCGGAGAUGGCCCAGCCGGCAGCCCGCUGA